UUUUGAUUCCGCUGUAUUAUAUAAUUCGACAAAAGCGACUAAUAAGUGUUUAUAAUCGAUUUAAAAAAGUCAACGGAAUCUUAAAAAAGUGCACUGAUUAUGAGUUGAGACGCGAUUGCACUAAUGAUGUUAUAUUCUGUGUAAAUUUUGUAACAAUUGUUUUUUUGGUGGUGAUUUUGGAUAUGUGUUAUUAUGCCCCGGAUAGAGUAUUGUUUGAAAGUUUUCCGAGUGUAAUUGGGGGAAGUGUAAUGAUCCAGUAUGCAAUCCUGCUCAAUAAAAUCGAAAGCAGAUUUAAGAGCAUAAAUUCCGUUAUUUUGAAGAUUAGUGAGCCAAAAAUGAGUGUAGUCGGCCCGCAAAUGAUGUCAGUAACUUAUGAGUCUUAAUUUCGGGAAUCAAUUCUGUACAAUAUAGAGAAUCUCCAAAAAGCAUAUAUGGAACUGUACGAAAUGUGCUAUAACGCGGCUUACUUCUAUGGAAUUCCCAUUAUAAUUGUGAUUUUGUGUUGUGGUGUAAGAGUGAUCACUCUAUAUCUAGUAAUCUUGUCAGUAGUUUACUAUGAAGCGAAUUACGCUCCUAUAUGAUACGUUGUUGGAUUUCGUUUUUCUGUUUGAAGUUUUCACUUCAAGCACAACUGAAAUGAAAAAACAGAACCGCAAGCUGGCGAGGACUAUAUGUUCCCUAGUUGAUCAAAGUACACUGGAUGAUAAAGUUGUCGAAAAGUUGUCCUGCUUUUCCAGUGAACUCAGUGAAUUAGAAAUCGUAUUAACAGCCUGCGAUAUUAUACCAUUAAACCGUUCGCUUUUAGGAAUAGUAAGCAAAAUUCAAUUUUUGAUUCAUCCGAUUGAAUAUGCUCCAGUAUCCUUUUACAUUAUGUUACUUUCUAGGCAACGGGUACUGUGACAAUUUAUUUGGCCAUUUCUUUACAAUUUGCACUUUUGAAUUAUUAAAUGCAAUCAAACUAAACAAUUUUUUAAAAUUCAUUUCAAUCACCAUGGUUUUCUUCACAACUUCAAGAUGCAAUUUCAACAUACAAAAAUUUUGAAUACUAUUACUCCUACUACUUUACAAAUUGUU